UAUAGCUAUUUAAUUACAAAAUAGAUAAAAUCCAGUACUUACCUGUGAGCUAGACAAAAGUUUGCCCACCCCUGUGUAGUUCAAGUCGGUUCAGUCAACCCUCACCGCGCAGUGCAGCCGCGGACACACACAAGAUGCAGUGCUUCAUUUGCGUCGCGUACCUGAUGAUAAUCUGCACGGCGCAUCCGCCGUCGGACCGCGAGGUGUCGAAGCCCUACCAGAGGAGAUCCCUGUUCCACGACGUCAUCGAGUCCAUCCGACUCCGGUCCAGACUCCCAGAAAACCUAGACCAGAACGACGACAAUAGUCUUGAGCCUCACUUCGAGAACUACGGCUUCCAGAACGAACUGCUUCAUCUACCCAGCGACUCCAACUUCACGCCGCGAAGAAACGACCGAAUAGAAAUGCCCCCCCUCAAAUAUCGCUUCCCGAAGAACCUCAAAGUAAACGAGAGCAAGGAUGACGCAGCGAAAGAGGAAAUCGUGCUGUACGUCAACACUCCCAGCGAUAUUAACGACGCAAAACCGUCCACACAGAAACCAAAAAAGCAGAGACCAAAACCGAAACCGACGAACAACAGAAUAGCCACAAAGAAUAAGGAGGAGGAAAGCACGGAACCCCCUCUCGUUGAAGACCGACCGAUCAGCAACACCAUGUCAGGCCAGAGCCAAAUCGGCAACCGCGACUCACAAACGGUAGUCAAACCCACGGUCAUAGUCAACUUUAGAGGAUCAGUCAACCACAGGGAAAGCGAGAUAAGAUUAGAAAGGAGGAAAAACGAGAACAUAACGAAGACAGUUCUACCUCAGAACAUAUUUAACAUCAACCAGGAGAUAAAGUUAGAAAAGAUGGACGAAAUGGGUAGUACCGGCGGUGCGGGUAAAGCAGGUGCAUCGGGGAAGAUAAAACAGCAUAUCAGUUUUGUUCCUCAGAGGCAGACGAAGGCAGAUCCGAGAGCUGACGAAGACAUGAUCAUGUGUGAGACGGGGUGGCAGGACAAAAAUGGCGCCAGUCGUAAGCAGGACACCGUGCAAAUACUGUUUUCUCUGAAAUGAUUAAAUGUGAUUUUUUAUUCGUAAGUUUUAACGUUAUGAUACUUUUAUAAAACUUGC